UAAGCUGGCGCAAGCAGCCAGGUUGGCCGGGUCGGGCAUGGAUCUGGGCUCUCUUGCAAGUUGCAACCUUCGACAGGUAUCUGACUGCGCCAUCAGCAACCAAGUACUACAUAGUAACCUCACUAACCCGUAGCUCUUUUCACCAUAGUUACCUCCUGAGUCCUGGGAGGUAGGUAGUGGAUACGUCUUAACUAAAGUAAGCUUUAGGCCGAUUAUCCUUCGGCGUUAUCUUACAACUAUAUAGAUCAUGUGCGCUUAUACGUCUUAAAGAAUAUGGUAAUCGUAUAUGAAUAUCAUAUCUCUCUAUCUUAGAUGCAUGAAGGCGGCGUUCACCUUUCGCGCGCACCCUUUCAUUAGUUGAUAUGGACCAAAAUGGUUAUCGGUAUUCUACCAUGCAGCCAUGCAGCCGUGCAGCCAUGCAUUUGGCCACGCUAAAAUACCUAUAUUGUAACCAUCCUACAUACUAUGUAGAGAGCCCUUGACGAUAUUUGAUUCUACUAAAUAGGUACCGAAUCUAACCUGGAUACGGCACUUACCCACUUAGCAUAACGAAAAUGGCCCAGGAUCCAUCCCAGGUUGAUACCAUUCUCUCGCAGCUUCAAACAGCUGGCGCUUCAUACAAGGCGAACACGCCAGGCGCCCGCGAGAAGCUCAUGAGCCUCAGCUAUGACCUGAUUUCCAAGUUAGAGUUGCCUAGCGAGUCUAUCAUGCGAAUGGGAUGGGCUGAACCAGCUAAGGCGGCCAACUGCCGCACGGCAAUCGAUCUCAAGAUAUUCGAUCACUUGAAAGAGAGUGGCGAAGCUGGUAUUACUGCGAAGGAGCUUGCGCUAAAGACCAGCGCAGAUGAGAACCUGAUUUUACGAAUCAUGAGGCAUCUCGCUGCCAUGAACGUAAUCAAUGAGAAAAGCGAGAAUACGUACUCCAAUACCACGCUGUCAGACGCUCUUUCGGAGCCCAGAUAUAGAGACGGCAUCUUAUUCCUCUACGAUGUUGCUCGCCCAUCGUUCCAACACUUACCCGAGUACCUCAGAAACACCAAUUAUGCGCUGCCAACAAGCGUAACAGAUGGCCCAUUCCAAGCAGCGCACAAAACAGACCUAACUGCGUUCGCUUGGUUGGACAAGACUCCCCCUUACCUUCAGGCAUUCAAUAAUUACAUGUCAGCUUAUCGGUCCGGGAAGCCAUCCUGGGUCGACCCCGGAUUCUAUCCCGUGUCUGAGCGUCUCGUCGAGGGAUUCAACCCCGAGUACAGCGAUGUCCUCCUCGUGGACGUCGGCGGGGGCAAGGGCCAUGACUUGCAUGAGCUCCGGGAGAAGCACCCGCAGCUCCCUGGCAAGCUCAUCUUGCAGGACCGGGAGGCGGUGAUUUCCAGCCUUUCCGAAAAGGACGGCGGCGUUUUCGAGGCGCUCUCGCACGACUUUUUCACCGCCCAGCCCGUCAAGCACGCCCGUGCGUACCAUCUCCACUCGAUCCUCCACAACUGGAGCGACGACGACUGCGUCAAGAUACUGCGGCAGCUGAGGCCCGCCAUGAAGCCGGGCUACUCCAGGCUGCUCAUCAACGAGAUCGUGGUGCCCCCCCAAAAGGCCGGCUGGCCGAUCACCUCCAUGGACCAUGUGAUGCUGAUACUUGCGGCCAUCCAGGAGCGGACCGAAGCGCACCUAGUCGAGCUACUAAAAAAGGCAGGGUUCAGGCUUGUUAAGAUCUACACCUACGAGUCUGGCCAGGAGAGCUUGGUCGAGGCCGAGGUGGACGAGUCACAAUCGUGAAAUCUAUCUAUCUACCUAACCUUAGGUAAUCUUUGAGGAAACUUGAACUUCUUCAAGCGGACCGCGGUUUGCAACUAGUAGUAAAU